AUGCUCUCGCCUCCGGGGCUCUGGCGGCCAACCGGCUCCAUGGAAAUCAUGGACCUUGACCAGGAAACGUUCCUUGUCAAACUGAGCAAUGAACAAGAUUACUUCAGAGCUCUCACGGAUGGACCUUGGACCAUCUUCGACCACUAUCUAGCGGUCCAACAAUGGACCCCGAACUUCAAAGUCUCUGACCCUCUUCCGAGGAAAAUGAUCGUCUGGGUUCAAUUUCCGACGCUAAAAGUCCACUUCUACCACAAAGAGAUCCUGACAACUUUGGGUAACCUUAUCGGACGUACUAUACGUCUGGAUUUCCACACUCUAACACUCCAACGCGCGAAGUUUGCCAGAAUCGCAGUGGAAAUGGAUUUGUCGAAGCCCCUGGUACCCCGCAUCUGGCUAGACGAUGCGUGGCAAAAGAUUGAAUAUGAAAACCUCCCAGAGGCGGUGGCGACACAAACGAUGGAGGACUCGAAGCCGGGAUUUGGUCCAUGGAUGCUCGUCUCCCGCAAAAUCAGGCUGAAUUCAAGGAAUUCCCCGCAAAAAGGAAAGCUCGAGAGUAAUUCCGAGAUCCCCAAAGGUGGGCAAGUCUCCAAUUAUGGAAAGCAGGACUUCUUGCCUAAAGAUAAUAAGCAGUCGACCCCGGCUCACUCCGCUCCCCCCUCUCAUGUGUCACAACGGCCACCCGCUUAG